AUGCGUUGGUUGAUCACACCAUUUUUAUUAUGGUGGAAUACGCAUUAUUUUAUAUCGUGUGAGCGGCGAAUAACACCGUUCGAGGUGACUGUCAAAUCUGGUGCGAUUCGAGGAGAACGAAUUGUGAGUUUGGAUGCGGGAUGAGGUUUGGGUGACUUUUAAGAAUAUUCAUAUCAUUUUUUCGGAAACUGUAAAUAGAACUAAACUGAAUGAUACGAAAUUGAAUUUCUGUUUUGAAAUGAAUUUGAAAAAUCAUGAAGUUUAGAAAAACCUAUGUGUAGAAUAUGUCUUAUUUUUUCACCUAAAAAUUUCAACAGUGGAAAAUUGUUAUCAAUCUCAUAAUUAAUAGAUAGGAUUAUUCAAAAAAAAAUUGAAGAUGUCAAAUUUCGAAUUCAAAUACUGCUCUGCGUCAUAUUUAAUGUUUUUCGAAAUAAUUUCAAUAGAUGUAGAAAUAUUCUCUGGAUUUCAUUUCAACAGAGUUUGUUCUCGAAUAUUUUUGAUAAUCGUUCUGAAUUGAGAACUAAAAUGUUAAAACUAAUAGUUCUAACAAAAUUGUUGAAAGUAGAAUCGUAUUAUUUUCAAACCAAAAGUUCACAGUUCAAGAGUUUUCUCUAGAUAUUCAAAACACUUAUUUUCAGACUCAAAAUGGUCAAGAUUUCACAGCCUUCAAAGGCGUACCAUUUGCAAUGCCACCAGUUGGAUAUCUUCGAUUUCAAAGACCACAAGAACCUGCAAAAUGGCGAGGAGUCAUGAAUGCCACCCAAUACAGGUAUUCAUUAUUUGAUUAAAGUUUCAAAAAUUAUAAUUAAUUAAUAAUUUUUCAGUCCAAUGUGUAUGCAAAACUUGAAUCAGCGAGAUAUCAGUGAACCCGAAAGAUAUGUUCAUCAUGUUUCCGAGGAUUGUCUGUACAUCAAUGUGUUUUCUCCAGCUCCGGUAAUUUUAUUGAGUUUUUUGAAAAGUUCCAAUCAAUGUUUGUAUUGCAGUACAAUAAUAGUGAAAAAGUUCCGGUGAUUGUUUUCAUUCAUGGUGGAAGAUUUCAAACGGGAUCCGGAAGUGACAUACCACAACAAGCAAUUUUCGACAAUUUUGUGUCACGCAAGGCGAGUUUGGUUUGAAUUUGAAAACAUUUGAAAAUUGCAACACUCACAAAAAAAGACAGAUCCUUGAAAGAAGGAAAAGCCAAAGUGCAAGAAGAAUAGAGGGAUAAUUUGAUAGUGUGAAAAGACAAGAGGAAACAAAUGCAUUUCCUGUUUCAAUGCCUGAUUGCAUUUUGUCACAAAAAAGGCCGCCUACAGGCUCUUUUUCUGCUGAAUUAGUGCUCUUUUGUCGAACUUUAAGCUUGAGAGACUCUAUCGAAGUUUGCAAAGAAAAAUUUGAUUUUGCAGAAAGAUUAUGAUGGGAUGAGAUGACCUUUUAAACCAGACUAGAGUUGAAAAAGGAAAGAAAAAAAACUAUUCAGAAUUUAGAAUUGUAAAAUCAAGGCAAUAGUCAUAAACAUUAGUUCGAUAAAAAAUCUAUUGUUUACGAUGCAAAUAAAAUAAUAUUAGAUGUCAAGAGAAAAAUAUAUUAUCUAAAUUUAGCAAAUGUUUAGCACAACAAUGUAUAUAUCAGAUUCUUUGAAAUAUAUUGUUCAAAUUUUAAAUCCCAAUACAAAACUCAUAUCCAGACAAUAAGCAAAUCCCCCUUCAAUUUAUGAAUAAUUUACCCUCAUAACACAUUGCACAUUUCAAAUUCCCCAUUAAUUAUUGCGAGUCAAAUUAAUAUUUUUUUCAAAUUUCUCACUUGGAACCCGUUCAAUUAAAAUUGAAAAAAGUGUCAUUAUGAUGCGUCAUAUAAAUUAAUUUUCAAUUAAAUAUUUUAUUUUCAGCUUGUUUUUGUAACUUUCAAUUAUCGACUUGGUCCGCUUGGUUUUGCAGUCACAGAAAAUGAAUCAACACAACCAGGAAAUGUGGGAUUAUGGGAUCAAGUAACGGCGUUGAGAUGGGUUAAAGUAUGUAGAAUUUUUUGAAAGAUAAUAUGAACUCUGAAAUAACACAUUUUCAGGAUAACAUUGAGACAUUCAAGGGAGAUUCGGAUAAAAUUACAUUGAUGGGUCACGGUUCUGGAGCAGCAUCAGCAUCACUUUUAGCUCUAUCACCAACUAUUCAAAAUGAGCACUUAUUCCAUGGUGUCAUUUUAAUGUCAGGUUCUGCGUUACAACCUGGUAUUGUUCGAAAUACGAGUGCAAAUGCAACAUCUCAAUGGAAUAAUCGAUUUGGAUGUAAAGCAUUUAACAAUACUCUUCUAUUAGACUGUGCAAGGAAACAUAGUAAAGAAGAGAUUUUUGAGAAUAAUGUGAGUUCUCAAUGAAAAAAAAAUGAAGAGGCCAUCUCGAAAUAGACUUUUAUUCAGAACUUUUUUCUGAUCUUUUAAUAUUUUUCCAUUGUUCCAGCGUAUAAGAUACGAUGAUUAUGAAGAUUUCACACCAACCAUCGAUGGCGAAAACGGUUUGAUACCAAAAUCACCAGCUGAAUUAGCGGAUCAAAAAAGAAAAAGUAGAAUACCUCAUGUACCUAUGAUUAUUGGAACUACUCGUGAUGAGAGUUCCCUUAGGAUUUGUAAGUUUUCCAGUUUUUUUUCGUUUUACAUGUAUACAUUUCUGUUUUCAGUUCAUAUGAAUGAAAAACAGCUGAAUUUCUCAACACUGAGUUUGGAAGAUGGUGUUCGAUUAGUGAAUAAUUUGACACAGGGUUAUGAACAAUUUCAAAAUCAUAAACUGAUAGCAAAGGUGGGUUGAAAUUAAAAAACUGAAAGAAUAUUAUCAAAAAAAUCGAAAUAUUUUUAGGGUUGUCAAGCUGAAUAUGUAAAUAAACAAGUUGAUCCAUCUAAUAAUAGUUCAGUGUUGAUGGAAUCAAUAUUAAAAAUGUAUUCACAUUUCUGGUACGAUGCUCCAGCUUCACGUUUAGCAGCUUCUUGUGUCCAGCAUCAGCCAAAUAUAUAUUUAUAUUCGUUCGAUCAUAUUAGUGAAAAUCUCAAUGGUAUUAAUCGUAAGUCUCAAAGCUUCUCUUAAUGUUUUUAAAAAUUUACCAAAUCGUUAACAAUUCAGGAGCUUUCCACGGUGUUGACAAAUUCCACAUAUUCAACAUCUCACCUCGAUUCCUAGAUCAUCGAAAAGAUAUGAACUGGCAGAUUGAUAAAAGAGUUGUUGAAAUAUUCGCGGGACUUGUUACAAAUUUUGCAUAUACACAAACUCCUACGCGAGAUAAUGAUGAGUUCAAUUUCAACUGGACUUCGACUACGAUGCAUGAGCUGAAUUAUUUAUCGAUUACUGAUAGUCCAACAAUGAAGGUGAGUUUGAAAUGAAUUGAGAAUUGAAAAAAAAAAGAAUAAUGGUUUGAAAGCUCACUUUGAAUAAAAAUUUAAAAAAAUCACCACAAUCUUUUACAUUAUCGAUCUACAGUGUUUUCAAAUAAAUAGUUUACCAAGGGCUAAUUUUUUUCUGACUUGCAUUUUUUAGACCCCCCGUGAAGUUUUAUUCAAACUUCCCACACUCUUCCGUAUUCUAUUUCUAAUCUUCACCCAAUUUCUAAGAACUCAUUUUUUCUCCCUAGUUCAAUUAAUUAUGCAAAAAACAUCGAAGCAAUCAAGCAUACCCUCAUUUUUCAUCAAUAAUAAUAAUACUAAGAAAAUGUAACUUUUUAACCCCUUGUUUUUUUCUUUUUCACACGUGCGUAGGUUUGUUUGUUUUUCCUAAAAAUAACAAAAUAUGGUCUUGAUCUUUUGUGGGAGUUGAGUCAAUUGGUGAGUAAUGAAAAUUUUUAGAAUUCCGUGUCAUGCUAGCUGGAAUAACAAUUUUCUUGUUUUUUUUUCAAAUUUUAGUGUGCGUGUACAAAUUUCUGGAAGUAAAAUUACAAUUUUGAUUUUCGAUGGGUUACUGUAGUGAUCAUCAAAGUGUAAUUUACCUACGUAACUUUGUCUGGGAAAAAAACAAGUGCACCAUUGAAUAACGCUAAUCACACACCCUGCACUUUUUUUUGAAAUAGUAUAGGUAAACUUUGUUUUUCUUUUUGCAGGUUGGUUUCCGAUGGCAAGGACAUGUUUUUUGGAAUUGGUAUGCUCCGGCUCUAGAUACGGUAGAUGUGGCAACUAUUCAUAGACUUGCUGAACUUGAUGGAAGCAUUGGAAAUUGGCAGGUUAGAAAUUUCCUCGCAGAAAUGAAACAAAAAAAAAUUAAUGACAAUUUUCAGAUGGCCACCGCAAUGCUCUCAUUUUGCUCAUUAUUUUUCUUCGCCAUUUUGGUGGGAUUGGCGUGUUAUUGCACAAGAAAAGAAUCUGACGAGGAUGAGCUAUGA